UAUAAUGAAACUAGCCUUUUUUCUCCUGGUGACGAAGGCAGAGUGAAAUAGCACAGGGUCAAAGGCUGCCUGGCUUUCCCCGUCAACAACGAUCAAAGCAACCACCACCAACACCACUACCGACAUGCCGCUAUAUAAGCCGCGCGGCCUCUCUCCGUCACCACCAUUCACACUCCUGCACCAACAUGGCUUGCAAGCUCCUCCUCGUCCUGGCCGCCCUCGUGGCCCUCUCCGCCGCCUCCUACGUGCCCCAGGACUCCUAUGGAGCAGCGCCCGCCAACUAUAACUUCAACUGGGCUGUCAACGACGCUGCUUCCAGCAACAACUACGGCCACCAGGAAGCCCGCGACGGAGACAACACGCAGGGAUACUACUUCGUGCAGCUGCCCGACGGUCGCCUGCAGAAGGUCACCUACUCUGUGCAGGGCAAUUCAGGCUACCUGGCCGAGGUCACUUACGAGGGCGAGGCCCAGUACCCUCAGCGAGGAUACGGGGUCCCCACCAGGCCCCCGACGCCGACCUACGGCACCCCAGGCCCGAGCUACGCCCGCUGAGCACACUUCCCUCCCUCCCGACGCCAGGACCCUCACCUCGCCCCCCUCACCCCAUUCUGUAUUUAUUAUCUCUCUCCGUGCAUAACUUGCAAUAAAGACAAGGCAA